AUGGCCUCGGGGAUGUCAGACCAAGCAGUGAAUUCAGAGGAACCUGGACGUGUACCUGAGGAUCGUAUCUUGCAUAUUCGAAAUAAUGAAAUGGAAGAUGAUCAUCAAGGAGAUUCAGAUACUGACUUAGAUGAGGAAGAGAGCGACUUUAGGCAUGGAACAAUUCAUGUUUGGGAUGAAGAUAGCGAUGAAGACGACCAGCCACCAUCCCAACCGGGUAUCAUUCCAUUUUACCAUACCAGAGCCGAACGAUUCAAUAAUAUAGAAAAUAUCCAGCCAGUUGCUGGAUGGUGGCGUACUCUUCUUAUCGGCUCUGCUACUCCAGGGUCCUUGAGCAAGGCGCAUGUGGCAAUGAACUUAUUCUCCUCGAGUCUACACCCUGGUGUUUUGUUGGCUAUGCCAGUAUACUUCUUCCGCGCUGGUAUAAUUCCUGGUAUGAUUGUACUUGUAUUAGUUUCACUUUUGGGAGCCUUUGGAGGUGGGCUAUGGGUCUCGCUCGGUCGGUAUGUGGGCGGAAACACCAUUGAGGCAAUUACAGCUAAGGCAUUUGGCAUGAACACGCACUGGAAACGGGGUAUUGGUUAUGGAAUUAGCAGCUUGGCCCUGGUCACAUAUUGCACCGGCGCAGCGGUAAUCGCGUACCAUGCCAUGACCGACUUGCUGUUGCAAGUAUUUUUUCAUUAUUCCUUGCCUGGACAAAUUUUUCACGGUCGAGCCUUUGUCACUCUCGUCAUUGGUGGCUCACUCACGCUACCUCUCCUUUUAUCUAUGACGCCAAAGCGUAACAUGAUCCAAAUUCAAUCAUGGACUGUCAUCUUGCUCUAUCCGGCCAUCGUCAUUAUCAUGUUGAUUCGAAUCGACGAAUGGAAACUUCAUGAUUUCUGGAGACCGGGUCAGUUAUCUUCUAGCCUCAACUCGGAGGCCAUGGUUCCAUUGCUAAAGCUGCGAGAUUAUUCUUGGCCGUGGGCCAGCACAGCCAUGCUGCCUCUCUUCACGCUAAGUGCAUCGCCACCUCAGAUCCUUGCCCAUAAUCGUUCUUUGCGACGGAAGAACGUCUAUGAUUCUAAUGUAAAGUCAUUCUUAAUCGCACAAAUGAUUCAAAUUGUGUUGCUCUUAUUAACAACCUAUAUGGUUGCGAUUCAGUUGGGCGUGUUUGGUGCAUCAAAGAUGCUAGGUGGCUUGCAUGCAAAUUUUUUUAGCUCUCUGCCACUUGAUGAUGACUAUGUGAACGUUUGCCGGAUACUCUUCUCUGUCCUUCUCGCAUCACAUCUUACAGUCUGUCUCGCAUCCGCCCGCUCGUGCUGGAGCCACCUCCUUAAUGUGAUUAAAGUCCACCCUCUGAAGAGUGUGCAACCGCCUACGCCUCGUGUAAUGAAGAAGUCUACCCGCUCUGGUCGAAAGCACUCUUCUUCUACGUUUCCAAGCCCAGCAUGGCUACCUAGUGCAUCAAGAAGUGUCGAUCCUAUCUCUGAGCUUUCUGAAGUUUCGGCCUGGAAAAGGUUUAAACUUCUGCGAGAUAUGCUUGCUGGAUUUACAUUAUGGACAAUUACUGCGCUGACAGCCUUUUUUUCAGGUGUGGGAGGCGUAUUUAUGCGCGAAGAAAAGGAAGGUGAAGAGCUGCGGUUUUUGCGCUCGCUUGAAGCAAUAGGGUUAGUGGGGGCAUUUGUGGGAUUCAUCCUUCCUGCUCUCAUCUGGCUUGUACUCUUUUGGAUUCGCAGACCACGCGCCAUUCUCAUGCUUCAAACAAAUUCGAUGCGUAGACGCCUUAACCAAUAUCUUCUUUCACCUCUGAGUAAUCUUAUUGGGAAGUCUUCUUAUCCAGAGGAGGAACCCUUGCUGACACACCAGGCUCCCUGGUCCUCUACAGACCCAGGUCCUUCGCAUAAUGCACAAUCGGUUCCCGUCACAAUACCAAACCAUUUAAACGAACACACGUCUUCUACAUGUGACGACGCCACAUUAGUCUUACUGGCUCGGAAAGAGCGAGAUCUCCAGCGCAAAACUAGGUUUCGGAGACGGUUUCAGGAGCUACUCGUUGUGGUUGCACUGCUGCCGUUUGGCCUCUUCCUUGUCAUUAUGGCAUUAAUAGAAUUGAUGGAAGGUGGAUUUUAA